GGCGUCGAGACACCUCUGCAACCACCAACGACGUCGAUCUUCGUGAUACGGGACGAUCGCGUCGAGCCAACCUCGAUCUCUCACCGAGACGUCGACUUCGAGGCAUCAUCCGUCGUUGGUGCUCUCGGCUCUUUCGAGAUUGGUGCUCGAACCACUGUGUCGUCGGGUGGAUCGUGGUUCUGUGAAAUUUUCAAAGGAUCUGCAAGAUAGGGUGCUUUUUUAUUCGACGUUUGUGCGAAAUAUUAUCAGUUCGUUCGGAGGACUGUAGUGAUUUUGGACAGUUUGAACUGUGUGCGCGAGUGCCGAGCUAAAUUGGAGCAACGUUGGCAGUAUACUGUCUCUCAUUCGACCUGGAAUGUUUAUGGGUACACCAUGAACGGAGCAACGUCGGUCACAACUUCAGAGGAACAUCAGCAUCAACAUCAGCAACCGCAAAAUGAUGCAUCUGCAGAACAUCCAAGAAGUCCCACCAGUCCUUUGAGCAUACGACAUGACUCUGGAGAGAGCAGUGUAAUCUCGCCAGGAUUACCAGAACGGUACAGUCCUUUGGGAGCGACAGGAUCGACCUCGACUCACGAUCCUUACGCCUCGAGGUCCGUUCAAGAGUGUCCUGUUCCUCUUUGCAGAGGAAUACCGACCGAUUUUCCUCUUGCAAGAUCGCCCUACCUAACGGCCCUCGGUAAUGGUCAUCCCCAUUUACUGGGGCAGGUGCAGCAACAGCAACAACAGCAACAGCAGCAGCAACAACAACAAAUGCAACCACAGCAUGGUAGCAAACCACCGCGUAGUCUUGGGUUGAUAUGCGUGGUUUGCGGUGAUACCAGCUCCGGCAAACAUUAUGGAAUUCUUGCUUGCAAUGGGUGCAGUGGAUUCUUCAAAAGAAGCGUCAGACGGAAAUUGAUAUACAGAUGUCAAGCUGGUACCGGAAGAUGUGUCGUGGACAAGGCUCACCGAAAUCAGUGUCAAGCGUGCCGUCUAAAGAAGUGUAUGCAGAUGGGAAUGAAUAAAGACGAACAUGUCUUUUCCACUUCGCGGACGCUAUACGCCGUACAGAAUGAACGGCAACCAAGGAACACUGCCACCAUCAGACCGGAGGCUCUCGUCGAAAUGGACCAGGAACGAGCGUUACGGGAAGCUGCGGUGGCCGUCGGUGUUUUUGGACCCCCUGUGUCUCUGGCCAUGGCGAGAUACACGACACCAUUACCUUUACCCACGGUUGCGCCCACCACAAAUUCGGCAAAUCCUCCAACACCACCUCGACAAGAUAACGAUGACGGGAAUGCUUCAGAGGAUAGCAUAGACGUGACGAACGAGGAACCACUAACGCCUCAAAGAAGUGGUUGCACGCAAAUUCCGCCUGUGAUCCCGUCGUUGUACUCGCCUGCUAAUGCUGAAACAGUCUACGAAACCAGCGCGAGGUUACUCUUCAUGGCGGUGAAGUGGGCCAAGAAUCUUCCCUCUUUCGCGAGUUUGCCUUUCAGAGAUCAGGUAAUAUUACUCGAAGAAGCCUGGUCGGAGUUGUUCCUCUUGAACGCAGUUCAGUGGUGCCUUCCACUCGAAUCGUCGCCCCUUUUCAACUCCGCGGAGCUGACUGCUCUGACUUUGUCACCGCAUCCGCACCCCCAUCCUGGAAUCCACAUGCAAACUACCACCGGGAAGCCGAGUCAGGUGGCAGCAGAUGUUAGGCAUCUGCACGAUACCUUGCAGAGAUACAAGGCCGUCAUGGUCGAUCCUGCGGAAUUCGCCUGCAUGAAAGCCAUUGUCUUAUUUCGGCCAGAAACUCGUGGUCUGAAGGAUUCCAGUCAAAUAGAGAACCUGCAGGACCAGGCCCAAGUGAUGCUAGGACAACACGCCAGAGCACAGCAACCGGGUAGUCCAGCACGAUUUGGCAGGUUGUUGCUGUUGUUGCCGUUGUUGAGGACAGUGCCAGCAUCCAGGGUGGAGUUGAUAUAUUUUCACAGAACGAUCGGCAACACUCCAAUGGAGAAAGUCUUGUGCGACAUGUACAAAAAUUAAAGGGACCUUUGAUAUUGUUGAACGCAAUAUGCUCAUCGAAGGAUUUCGAUUCUUGUACAGUGCUGCAUUCAAAGUGGUGUUGAAGAUAGUUUAGACAAGGUGUUCGAUGAACAGAGAAGUUCAAAUGGUAAUUUUCACUUCUGAUACUUACAUCGUUUACCAACUUCUCAUUUAUGUGGACAGUUUAAGAACUUUGAAGAAUUCAUGAUUAUUCAGCAAUGAUCGAAUUGUUGAAAAGUUAAACGUAACAUAAUUUAGGAUUAAUCGAGAUUCUUUUUAUAAUACUGACUUCUUAUUUAGUAUGUAUAAAGAAGAGAGAAAUAAGAAAGACUUCUUUCUGCGAAAGAAUCUAUUGCAAGAAGGACCUGGACGAUGUUAGGUGCAGUAUAAGAUGCUUUCAGUGAUUGAACAGAGAAAUUAGGGAAUAAAUAAGCAAUCGUGCUGACCAAAUAAUCGAAUAGGAUCGUUUCUAUAUGUGCGAUAGCUUUGGCCUAAGGACGAAGCCCCAAGCAUGACCCUUUAAUGAAUUCACGAUCUCGUCUGGUGAUUUAUUUUUUCCACUGAGUCGAGGUCGACUAACGAAGGAUCCUUUGAGAAAGGUAACGAAUUGACAUCUACGAUAUUUAGUUAAUCAUUGAACGGUAUCUAAGUCAAACGAGGGACUCUUAGUUUCGACGUAAAAAAGAAAAGAUAUAUAUAUAUACACACAUACAUUUAUUUAUUAUAGAGGCGUUUAUCGAACAUUAGGUUCGUCGCGUUGACCAAAUCAUUUAGUUUCUCAGUUCUAAACAUUUCAUGAAUUUUCAAUUCCACGAAGGAAAGACGUAACAAUUUUCACUGAUUUAUUUUUACUUUUUUGGUUUCAUUGUUUUUUCUCAUAUUAUUUAUAUCUUCGAUUUUUCGUAAGGUAAGGUUUUCAGUGUACGAGUAAUCGAUAUGAAUUAUCGAACAGCUGUAAAAAUGAUUCUCGUCUGUGCUUUUCUUGUAUAUUUCGUGUUGUGAUACUAUUUGCUGUAAAAGUCUAGAUAAUGAGUCACGUGAAGUGUAUUGUAAC